AUGGAUAAUCCGCCGGGCUCGUGGAGCGCGCAAGCUCCUGCGCCUGAGAAGUCGAGCGAGCUGUUCAUCCGCGACUAUCCGCACCGGUCCAUCGCCAUUGUGUCGUCGUCUCAUGCCCUGAUCCUGCGCUACAGCUCGUCGGCGAGCGAGGCGUUUGGCAGCGGCUCUCCUGUUUCGCUGCCGUCCAGCAAGCCGCGCGGAGGCGAGAAUGCGGCUGCCAAAUGCAUGGUGGAAUUUUCUCCUAUAUCCAAGAAGCUAUUGAAAGACUACCGUCCGCUGACGUCGCGGCCUGUGUACGGCACCUUGGGCCUGAUUGCAAUCAAUGGAGAAGUGUUUCUCUCCGUCAUCACUCAUGCCGUCAGGGCCGCAACGGUCCGGCCCGGCGAGACCGUGGAGCGGAUUGCGAGUGUGGAUUUUUACUGCUUAAGCAGCGCUGACUACGACGAUGUUGUGCCUCUGGACCAAGGGCUGAGUCGGAGAGAGGUGGCCGUUGAGCAUCCGUGUCAUGACUUGCGCAGGCUGCUCAGCAACGGGUCUUUUUACUACAGCACGGAUUUUGACCUCACCAACAGAGUACAAGACCGGCCGAUCAACUCAAACUCCUUUGAGAUAGACAACUUUGACGACACCUACCUGUGGAACUCCUUCAUGAUCAGCCCAUUGGUUCAAUUUCGCUCUCGGUUGAUGCCCCAGGAACGUGAGGCGCUGGAUUCAUCACGCAUCCUCACGUCUGCCAUCCGCGGCUUUUGUAAGACUAUGACCAUCCCACAGAGCUCGUCUCCCUUGAAGGCGUCUAGGAGUGGCAUGCCGUCCUUUUUGACACUGAUUUCACGACUGUCGUGCCGGCGGGCAGGCACUCGAUUUAACGCAAGAGGCAUGGAUGACAAUGGCAAUGUUGCAAACUUUGUCGAAACAGAGACAACUUUCUGGUCUCCUACGGGUGUUUUAUUCUCUUACGCUCAGGUUCGAGGGUCGGUGCCAGUCUUUUGGGAACAAGCGGCGGAUCUGAUACCUGGCCGACAAAAAAUCACCAUUACUCGACCACUAGAUGCGACGCAGCCCACAUUCAACAAACAUUUCGAGGAUCUCGAGCAAUCUUAUGGUGCCGUUCAUGUGGUUAACCUCCUGAGCGAAACUAAGCCGGGCGAAGUCGAACUUGCGACCAUGUAUCGGGAGUGCAUCAGACGCUCCCCCUUGAGUCGGCCUGGCCAACACCAGUCCGAGGAUCACGCAUUGCUACGUGAGACACAUUACGACUUUCACGCGGAGACCAAAGGGCCGGCAGGAUACGAGGCUGCGCGCGGGAUCCGCCGAUACAUUGAGAAUUCUGCCGAUGGCUUCGCCUACUACUUGGCUGAGAGCCAUAACGAUUCCGGCGAGAGGAGUGGUGAGCGCAUGGUGGUGGUGCUUCAACAAGAGGGUGUCUUUCGCACCAAUUGCUUGGAUUGUCUGGAUCGAACAAAUCUGAUCCAGACUCUGAUAUCCCAAAUGGCCGUCGAGGCAUUCUUGGGCCAUCGAGGAGAAUUUGCGGCUUCCGAUUUCUGGAUGAGACACUCCAGCCUUUGGGCUGACAACGACUUGCGAAAGUCUGCUCAGCGUAUCUAUCACAACAACUUUAUAGAUCCGUCGAGACAAAUUACCAUUGACAUGCUGCUUGGUCUCUUGGUCGGACAAGCCCCCGUUCAUUUGUUUGACCCCAUCAGCGACUACGUUUCGUUGGAGUUGGCGAGGAGAAGCGAAGAGUUUACGUCGUUCAAGAAUAUCAGCAUCUGGGUUGGUACGUUCAACCUGAACGGACGUACGGAAGGCAUCGACCACGACUUAUCACCAUGGCUAUUCCCGCCUUCACUUGGGUCAUCACAGCCAGAGAUAUUUGUUGUUGCGUUUCAGGAGAUAGUUGAGCUGAGCCCACAACAGAUUAUGAACAGCGACCCAACCAGAAAAAGCCUUUGGGAAUCAGCCGUCAAACGAGCUCUGAACCAGCGACAAGCCAGUCUAGGAGGACAUAAAUAUGUCCUGUUGCGGAGUGGACAACUCGUGGGAGCGGCGUUGUGCAUCUUUGUAAAAUCAUCCUCUCUUGAUCAUAUUAAGAAUGUCGAGGGAAGUGUCAAGAAAACAGGCUUGUCCGGGAUGGCCGGAAAUAAGGGAGCUGUUGCUAUUCGAUUUGACUAUGCAAACACCCAUAUAUGCUUUGUGACGGCGCAUUUGGCGGCAGGGUUUUCCAAUUACGAUGAACGAAAUCGAGAUUAUGCAACGAUUCACGGCGGCCUAAGAUUUCAGAGGAAUCGAGGUAUCGAGGAUCAUGAUGCCAUAAUUUGGCUUGGAGAUUUCAAUUAUCGCAUCGGGCUCAGUUCAGAGGUUGUCCGCGGCUUGGUGAAGAAACGAGACCUGCAAACCAUGUACGAGAAUGACCAGCUGAAUUUACAAAUGGUGGCUGGACUCGCGUUCCAAUUCUAUUCGGAAGCUCGUAUUAGCUUCAUGCCUACUUAUAGAUUCGACAUUGGAACCGAGGUCUACGAUACUUCUGAGAAGGCAAGAAUACCAGCCUGGACAGACAGAGUAUUAAGAAAGGGAGCCAUUCUCCGCCAAACGGCGUACGAUUCAGCACCACUGUUGUUCUCAGACCACAGGCCCGUUUACGCUACAUUUGAUUGCCGAGUUAGUCUCAUUAACGAGGCUCAACGAAACGCCAUCAGCCAUGAGUUGUAUGAUCGGCGUAAGAUUGAAGUUGGGGACUCGGCGGCACACGGAGAUGGAGAAGAUACGGAAGAUGAAGACCUCAUUGGAUACGACGCCAUCGAGCCAGGUCUCCCACCGGCAAGCUCAGACCGUCAAAAGUGGUGGCUCGACAAUCGACAGCCGGCUCGAGCACAGAUACCUAUACCUAGCGGGCGAGACGGUCAGCAGAUGGCCCUGAAUCCAAACCGCCCAUCAAAUCCUUUCGGUCAGGGCGAAGAGUUAGACUGGAUAUCAGUUUCGCGGUCGUCACCAGGGGCGUCCCUUUCUAGCAUAUCCAGCUCGCCGAAGCUGCCUCCCCAAUAUGACCCGGCCACUCUCCCUGCCCAAGUGGGACGAAUGAAGAUUGGAGACGGUGACAGCACGCGGAGUGCUCACGGAGACAGGUCUGGGGUGGCUCCUCCUCCUCCACCACCUCGCCGUUCAGCGACAACUUUGGACAUGGGUUCGAAUACAGGGCUGGGCAUCAAGUCAGCGAGUUCGACCUCCCUGGGGCCUCGACCGGCCUCCUCAGCUUCUCAGACAUCGCAGCUGUCUCAGCAGCUGAAAGCUGGGAAGUCUGCGCCGCCUGUGGCGAAGAAGCCAGCACACCUGCUGUCCACAUCCCCAGCUUCAACAUCGUCGCUGGCAUCAGGGGGCGGACGCAACCAGCCUGCACAUGGCGGCGAUGAUUUCCACCCGCCGCUGCCUGCUCGCGCUUCAACGAUGGUUGCAAAACCAGACGAUGUGCAGUGGCAGACGCGACCAGCAAUCUCAACUACUGGGAAAAAGCCCAUUGCGCCGCCCAAACCUCCGUUGAACGUGGGCAUGAACACAACUACAAGCACAAAUACAAGGGUGGCGGCUAGAGGACCUCCCACCUUGCCACAGCGAUCAAGACAGGCAAACCAAGGCCCCGUGGACCUACUAGAUUCAUUGAACGAAGGAGGAGAGGAAGAGAUGGGAGGCUGGGAGACAUUGCAGCCAAGUGCAGCGGCAUAG